AUGGUACGACUUGCGUUUCUGAUUAGUGUGCAAGGAGAUGAAUUUACUAUCUUAAGGAGUAACAACAACACACUAACAACAACGGCCGCGUACAGACUACACUACCGUCUCUUCAUUACGAUCACGACCGCGGAGCUAUGUCCGCGGUCGCCACACCGGAGUCAACAUACGAAGAACACAGAGCCGGCUUCAGUUACAUUCGGCACCGUCAUAUAUUCCUAUAUGGAACGAGCUUGUCGAACUUGUGAAAUCAACCAGGUAACAUUAGAUGAUAUUGAAGAUUCGGGAACGUUAUUAAUCAAUCAGGUUGUGGGUAAAAAACAGUCUCAUAAGGUUCCCGAAACAAUGGCUAAUUUUCCUCAACUAAAGAAACAUGGCGGUUGGAAUUCGUCAACGGUCGCUGAAAGGUAUGUUGAUGAAUCGGUAGCACACAGGACAGAAAUAGCUGAUAAAGUGUUUAGAACGUGUGGUAGUGCUGAAAUAACACCGGAUUUGCGACCAAGUACAUCAACGGGAGUUGUGAUGGCAGAAAAACAUAUAUACUAA